GACACUAGUCUAGUCUAGAUCUUUAUUUGAACUUGUAAAUGAAAUGAUAGAGAACCCACAGUACAGUAUACGCAGUUCAUCACUCAUUGCAGUCCCAGCCAACCCUCCCGAGGGGACAGUCGAGGCAUCCGGGCAGGGUAACCCGGAGUCCCCGUCGGAGCUGCAGAAUCACCAGGGCAAGGCGGUGGCAGUUUCCCAAGAAAAUGAAGCUGACACACCCAAUGACAACAACGCUAAGGACAGCAAACCACCUUCCGUCGCUGGUCAAGACUCAGCCACAGCCUCAACUUCAGACACAGCGAACAAGUUUGCUGUUAACGAAGACGGGGACGUCGACACGUGUAGUUCUUCUCGUAACACGGACGUGACGCCCCUUCAAGUGUCCGGUGCUGCCGACGGUCCGGAUCCGGAGAGGAAGAGUGAGCUACCAAAUGACGCAGCGGAUGAGUUUGCUGUCAACGAAGACAGAGACGUCAACAAGGAUGAGCUACCAAAAGGUCAAGACCAGGCCACUUCCGACGGGACAGUCAAGACGGAGCGUAGGAGAAACCAGAGCUGGAGAAUGACAAGAUCAAUGUUUCCCAGGAAAAAGCCGGACGCAACAUCGGACAACAGCGGCAACAAGCUCGGCAUCCGGCCUACCAGUCACAGCUCCAGAUACAGCAGACAAACGCCCUGCUGCCGGAGAGGGCGAUGUCCCAGAGUGUCAUCCUUCAGUUGUCCGUGGAGAAGAGAUGGAAGCAUCCGACAACAGCGGCGCUGGUAUAGAUAGUCAGACGACAACGUCUGCUGAAGGAGGAGUGUCUCUUACAACAACCACCCCAUCGCCCAAACACAAGGACACAGAAGGUCCUCAGUACGAAGUAGCCAUGUCGUCAGUCGACAAGCUGUGGGCAGAGCUCCAUCUUGAGAGAGACUAUGCGGAAAAGCUUCUCGCUCAUGCCGACUCCCUUCGAUCCAGACUCGCCACUACCGUCCCGCAUGUUCUCCGCAGUUAACAGACAAAGGUACAUGGCUAGGGUUUGGUCUAUUUAUCGACGUUCAGUAAAAUAACAUGUCAAAUCCGUUUACUGGAAUAUUUCAAUAAAAAUUGUUGUACGACU